CUGAAAAAAAAUCUAAUUGGAGACAACAGCAUGAGGACUUCAUUGCAACUAUCCAAGCAGCUAAACUUGCCACUAUAGCUAUGAGAGAAGGCCGCCCCCUGCCUCCCCCUCCUCCACCUACCAUUAAUCCAGAUUAUAUCCAGUGCCCUUACUGCAUGAGAAGAUUUAAUGAGGCUGCAGCAGAAAGGCAUAUAAAUUUCUGCAAAGAACAAGCUGCGAGGCGUGCUUUCGCUCCAGCUCAGAAAGGAACCAAGGCGCCCCCAGGUAAACAAGCAGCUCCCAAAAAAGACCCAACUUUAACAAGUGCUGUAGGAACACUGCUUCAAAACAAGACACAGGAAAGCAACAAUCCAAGUCAACAAGUAACAGGACAUGCUGCUGAAACGUCCAACAGAGCAGCACAGAAGAAAGCACCUGCUGGUCCCUCUGGAAAAUAAUCUGGGUAAGGAAAAUUAACUGGAUAGAUAUCAAAGCUACAAUCUAACUCCAAGUUCAGUACUACUGAUCAAGCCUCUGCUGAAAUGUGACCAUAGAAUAUCUUAUUGAUUCAAGCUUUAUUGACUAAAGAACCAGCAUAUUUAAAAUAUUCAGCAUAUAAAGUUGUAGCAUAGUUGCUACAAUGACAUACUUGCUCUUGGAGAUGCAAUAUUGCUUCUAUCCUAUUCUGUAUGGGUUUUUUUUGAUGCAUUCAAUUUUGCACACCCAAACCCUACAUGACACAAAUAUUUCCAAAUGCCCAAUACUGUAGUUUUUGCUUCAUAGAAUCAUAGAGUUGGGAGAGUCCACAAGGACCAUCUGGUCCAACCCCCUGCCACGCAGGAAAAGCGUAAUCAAAGUAUCACAAUGCUUGUGAGAUAACUAUUUCCAAAGGGACUCCCCUAGCAUUGCUUAUACCCAACAUAAUCCAAAUUCCACUGAGCAGGAGCUAAGUCCUGCUGAGUUUGGUUGCAUAGUCCUAGCAUGUGUAAUUUAGCUGCAAUGAAAAACACUUCUGAAUUACUUCAGAGUCUGCCUAAACUAAUCUUUUACUCCUAGAGAUCCAUCACAGAACAGAAGAUAAUGAUAGCAAGCAUUUGAAAAGCAGUAUUUACUUUUUACAAUAUUGCUUUUAGAGGAGACCAGCAAGCAUUCAUCUCACAAGAUGGAUUGAAAUAAAACAA